AUGUUAGGUAUUGAAUCUGAAAAUGGCAAGCAGUUUUGUGUAAUUCAUACCCAUUCUUAUAAAGGACUCACCAAAUUUUUACCAAGAGAAACAGCUUUAUUCAUCGCUGUUGAAGCAAAUCAUCAUCCUCGAUUGUAG